AUGGAGGUCUAUAUCGACGACAUGAUCGUCAAAUCCCUCCGGGCAAGAGAUCACGUGUCUCAUCUUGAGGAAUGCUUCGCACAACUAAACUCCCACAACAUGAAGCUCAACCCAGCAAAAUGCAGAUUCGCUGUAGCAUCGGGAGAGUUCCUCGGUUACCUAGUGACCUACCGCGGUAUCGAAACUAAUCAAAAACAGUUCAAUGCAUUGAUCGAGAUGGCUUCGCCCAAGAAUAAGCGGGAACUGAAACGGUACUUGGCCACUCCUCUAGUUCUCGCGAAACCCUUCGAAGGAGAACCCUUGUUCUUAUAUACCGCAGUAUCAGCCACGGCUGUAUUCGCUGAUGGAAAAACUGGCAUACGCAGUCGUAACAUCGGCGCGAAAGCUAAGACCGUAUUUCCAAUCCCACACGUCAUCCUCCCGAGUCAGUCGGGCCGACUAGCCAAAUGGGCAGUCGAGUUGAGCGAGUACAAUAUUGAAUACCGACCGAGAACAAGUGCGAAAUCCCAAGUACUCGCAGACUUUUUAGUCGAACUACCAACGGGAACCGUGACAAACAAAGAACCAAAUUCGACAUGGGUCCUUCAUGUCGAUGGAUACUCAUCCAAGCAAGGAUCGGGCAUCGGAAUCCGCCUCACGUCCCCGACCAGUGAGAUCCUAGAACAAUCGUUCAGACGGGAAUUUCACGUGUACAACAACGAGGCCGAGUAUGAAGCACUCAGUGCAGGGCUACGUUUAGCUCGUGGGUUGAAGAUACGUAACGUCCAUGCCUACUGUGAUUCUCAGCUAGUCGCAAGUCAAUAUAGCAGAGAAAAAGCAAUGGACGAAAGAAUGGAUACGUAUCUCAAACUGGUCCAGACUCUAGCCCAAGAAUUUGACUGCUUCGCCCUCAAGCGAAUCCCCCGCUCCGAAAACGUCCAACCCGAUGCUCUCGCGGCUAUGGCAUCAAGUUCCGACCUAGGUCUUAAAAUAGUGAUUCUGGUCGAGUUCAUCGAAUACCCAAGUAUCGGAGCACCAAUCGUCGUCAACCUGAUCAGGGAUCAAGACUACGGUGUAGAGGAGGCCGCAGGACAGCCGAAGGAGAGAUCGGAACAAUCCGGCUACGUCUACGAUACGCCAUGGCUUGAAACUAUUCGAGCCUACAUCACCGAUGGAAAAUUACCUCCCGAAAAAUGGGCAGCCCGCAAAAUCCGAACGCAGGCCACACGUAACGUAACGGUCGACGGGGAAAUUUACAAAUGGAAACUUUCCGGACCACUCAUGACGUGUUUGGAAGGAGAAAAGGCGAGAAAAGUCAUGGAGGAAAUCAAUUAUGGAUCCUGCGGAAACCAUUCCGGUGGAAGGUGGGCAGACGAACUUGAGGGAGUCCUCUGGUCACAUCGCACAACCCCAGGACGAGUGACGGGAGAAACACCUUUCGCCCUCGUAUACGGGACAUAA